CCUCGCCCACCAUGGAGGACCAGCUGGCGCAGCUCCUGGCCAACACGCAGCUCCCCGACCAGGCUCCCCGCCAAGCGGCCGAGAUCGAGAUCAAGCGCGCCCAGACGAAUCCCGCCUUUCCCGUGUCGCUGGCCCGCAUCGGCGCGCACUCGUCCAUCGACACCGCCAUCCGCCAGGCCGCCCUCAGCACGCUGCGUCUCUUCAUCGAGAAGAACUGGGCCGUGGAGGAGCUGGACGACGAGCCGCAGAUCCCCAUCUCGGACGAGGCCCGCGAGCUGCUCAAGCAGACGCUGCUCGAGCUUGCCCUGAGCCCCGAGGACGACCGAAAGGUCAAGAUUGCCGCCAGUUACGCCGUUGGCAAGGUUGCCAUUCACGACUUUCCCGACAACUGGCCCGCCCUCCUCCCCACCAUCCUCAAUGUCAUUCCCAGCGGCAACGACGCCCAGCUCCACGGAGCUCUGAGGGUGCUCAGUGACCUGGUCGACGAGAGCCUCAGCGAGGACCAGUUCUUCUCCAUGGCCCAGGACAUCGCCAAGGCCCUUACCGAGGUCGCCCUCAACGAGAACCGAAAGCCCAUGCUGCGCGCCCUCGCCAUCUCCGUCUUCCGCGGAUGCUUCGACCUGAUGUACAUGGUCAAGGACGACAACAAGGACGUCAAGGUCUUUGCAGAGGAGCUGCUGAAGCAAUGGAAUCCCUUCUUCGUUGCCGUCCUCAAGGGCCGUCUGCCCGAGGCCGAGUCCGGCUCCGGCGCUCAGCCAGAGUCCUGGAACAGCAUCAUUGCCCUCAAGCUGCAAGUGGUCAAGACGCUCCUCCGCAUCCGCAGGGUCUUCCCCAAUCUCCUGCUCCCCCAGAGCACCACCUUCUUCACCGCCGUGUGGGAAGAGCUGAGCAUCAUGCAGGCGGCCUACGAGCAGCUGUACAUCAUCGACGAGGUGCAGUCUCGCUUGGAAGACUCCGACAACCUCCCGUAUACCCUCGAUCUCCUCAUCCUGGAGGAACUCGACUUCCUCAACCAGUGCUUCCGCGCGCCUCCCGUCCAGGCCGAACUCGACAGCCACUUGAACGCCCAUGCCCAUGGUCACGAGGUCCCGUGGAUGAUGGAUCUUAUGAAGAUGCUCGUCGGAUACUCGAGGGUCACUCGCGAGGAGCAAGAACUCUGGGACUUUGACUGCUCCCUGUACCUGGCAGAGGAGACUUCGGUCACGGCCAACUAUACUGCGCGCACUGCCGCUGGCGACCUGCUCAUCAAGCUGGGAGAGUGGUUCAACGAGAAGACGGUCGACGGCCUGUUUGGACACACAAAGACCCUCUUCCCGGGCGAGGGACCCUCGGCCUGGAGAAGCCAGGAGGCAGCCCUGUACUUGUUUGUCAUGCUCGUCAGCGACUUCCAGGACUUGAGUAAGCCUAUUCCGGACGCCGUUGCCAACGCAUAUCUGGAGCUUGUCGACUUCUCCAUCAACCAAUCCAAGCACCCGCUGCUGCGCGCUCGAGGAUAUCUGGUCGGUGGCAUCAUCGGCCGCUCUCACCAGACCCCGCCCAAUCUGGUCGACGCCAUCAUUCACUCCAUUACGAAUGAGGAGUCGGAGGUCGCUCAGGUUGCCUGUAUCAAGGCCAUUGAAGGCCUUGUCAACUCGGGCCGCGUGACCCCUGACCGCCAGACACCCAUCAUUGCCGCCAUCCAGGGCUACAUGAACGGCAAGGAUCCCGAGGAAAUGGAAGAGGCAGACGAGCUCCUUGUUACUCUCACGGAGGCUCUGAGAGCCGCCAUCGGGCUCGAGAGCACAAUCGUCAUUACCAGUGAGAUUCCGUCCAUCGAUCUUCUCUUCCUGUUGGCCAAGCUUGGAGCCAGCAACUUCCAAGUCACAAUGCUCGUGACCGAGGCAUUUGAAGACAUUGUCGGUAGCCUCUCAGACGCCGCUUCUUAUGCCGCUCUGUGCGCGCGCAUCCUGCCUACCCUGACUGGCGCUUUCGACGUGGCCAAUCUGACCGAGGAUAACCCCCUUGUUACGGUCGCGACUGAACUGCUCGUCGUGCUGACAGAGCACGGCUCAGAGCCUCUGCCGGAGGGCUUCGUGGCCGCCACGCUGCCCAAGCUCAACCGCUUGCUGAUGGAGUCGGGAGACGGCGACGUUUUGCGGCCCGGAUCCGAGGCCGUCAAGUGGAUUCUGGUGCACGACCACCAGCAAGUCUUCAACUGGCACGACUCCAAUGGCCGGUCCGGUCUGGAGGUGUGCCUGCACAUCAUCGACCGGCUGCUGGGGCCUUCCAUCGAAGACAAUGCUGCCUCUGAGGUGGGCGGACUGGCUGCCGAGCUGGUGGAGAAGGCCGGACAAGACCGUCUGGGCCCCUUUCUGCCGCAGCUUCUGCAGGCCGUUGCCAACCGACUGGCCACUGCGCAGGCCGCUGCCUUUAUCCAGUCUCUCAUCCUCGUCUUUGCCCGACUAUCGCUGGGCGGCGCGCAAGACGUGGUUGAGUUCCUCAGUCAGAUCCAGAUCGGUGGUGAGAGCGGGCUGCAAGUCGUCCUGGCCAAGUGGCUGGAGAAUUCGGUCAGCUUUGCCGGCUACGAUGAGAUUAGACAAAACGUGAUUGCGUUGUCCAAGCUCUACUCGCUCAACGACCCGCGGAUAGCCCAAACCACGGUCAAGGGCGAUUUGAUCGUCGGCGCUGAUGACGGGAUGAUCAAGACCCGAUCACGCGCCAAGAAGAACCCCGACAAGUACACCAUCAUCCCGGCCACUCUCAAGAUUGUCAAGGUCCUGAUCGAGGAGCUUCUCUCUGCCUCUGGCGCCCGGGCUGCCGCCAGCGCAGCCUCUGCUGCCGUGGCCAGUGCGGAAUUUGAGGACGAGGACAAUGAGGAGGAGGGCUGGGAGGAUGACGACGACACGCUCGACCUCUCCCUGGGCGCGACCAAGGCCGACCUGAUGGCCUUUGGCAUGGACGCCAACACCCGACAGCGCGACGACGAGACGCAGCAGUACCUGACGGAGUUCUUCAUCCGCUGCGGCCGGGAGAACGUGGCCAACUUCCAGGAGUGGUACAACAUGCUGACGAACGAGGAGAAGGCGAAGCUCAACGAGGUGGCCAAUGCCGCGGGGCAGUAGAAGCGCUGUGCGGGAGUGAUUGAGCAGCUGUCUUGGAUGGGUGACGGCAAGCGGGA